AUGGAAAACCAGCUCUCAAUUGUGUAUGGACCUCGUGCCCCUGUUCCUCUUACCCUCACAUUUGGACAGCUGCUCGAUCAUCAUGCGGAGGUCAGACCAAGUAGUCCUGCCGUGCUGUCGCACGUGCAAGGAUGCACAGUAACCUUCAAGGAGUUGAAGGACAGAAGCAUCAGUCUGGCAAAAGCCAUGUCACAUGCUGGAAUCAAGAAAGGCAGUAUGGUUGGGAUCAUAUCAGGAACUCGAUACGAGUACCUCGAGAUCUUUUUCGCGUGUGCUAGGCUUGGUGCCGCGUUGAUAUUGUUCAACUACGCCUACACAGAGUCUGAAAUGUUGGCGCUACUGAAGGCGAUUAAGACUCAGAUGCUUUUCACACCUGCAGGAUUUGCACGAUAUGAUUAUAACAAUGUUCUUAAGAAUGCAAGUUCUUCGGUUCCAGAGCUUGAAAACAUCAUCGUUUUAGCCGAUAUCUUCGACGAGCACCACGUGGCAGACAAAUCAAAACAAUAUCAAGACUACGAGGUAUUUCUCAAGUCGAAAUCUGGGUCUGCCUGGUCUCCAGAUCCCACAAUAUCUCCCCACGACAUGGUAAACGUUCAAUUCACGUCUGGUAGCACUGGACUACCUAAAUCGGUGGCUCUGUCUCAUUACAACAUCAUGAAUUGUGGCAGCUUUGGAAUGAUCGUUGCAAUAAGCACUUGUGCUGUCGCCGGUUCUUCUCUUGUCUUCCCCUCCGAACUCUACGAUCCCGCUGCAGCACUACAUUGCAUUGAAAAGUAUAAAUGUACUGCGCUCUAUGGUGUUACAACCAUGUUCAUCACCGAGAUGGCCAAUGCAAACUUUGCAAAGACGGAUAAGUCAUCACUCAAGUUCGGGAUCGUUGCUGGCUCUGCCAUGCCUCCAGAAUUUCUACGAAGAGUGAUGAAAGAGUUCUCUAUUCCGCGUAUAUACUCUUGCUGGGGCAUGACCGAGCUCUCCUCUUUUGUGACGAUGAUGCAUGAGACUGAUCCUUGGGAAAAAAGAAUCCACACCACUGGCCGUUUAUUCCCUGAUUUCAUUCUCAAGAUUGUCGAACCGAAUUCCGGCAAGGCCGUACCUUGGGGCGAGAAGGGUGAGGUCGUGGUAAGUGGUUAUGGUCAAAUGAGUGAAUAUCUAGGAAACAAGGAGAAAACAGACGAAGCUCUACGGCAUCACGAAGACGAUCUUGAUGAAAGAGGUGUGGGUGGAAUUGGCCAACGAGGUUCGAAAAAUUUGAGGCUUUGGAUGCACACUGGCGACGAGGGUAUGUUGGAUGACGACGGGUAUCUGGUGUUCACAGGCCGAAUCAAGGAUCUCAUUAUCAGGGGAGGGGAGAAUAUCACGCCUCUGGAGAUCGAAGAGCGGCUAAGCGAGAUGGAAGCUAUUGUACAGGCAAGUAUCGUUGGUGUGCCAGACGACAAGUAUGGAGAGACAGUUGGGGCUUUCAUCGAGGUGAAAGAGGGAUCACAGAGGCCUACAGAUGACGAGGUGAGGAAGUGGGUCAGGGCGAAGUUGGCAUACUUCAAAGCACCGGCGCAUAUCUGGUGGCUCGGAGACAAAAAUGUGAUUGAGGAAUGGCCGAAGACCAUGAGUGGCAAGAUUUCCAAGCCUGAAUUGAGGCAGCUGAUCGACAAACUGAUGGAAAACAAGCCAGUAACGAAAGCCAAGCUAUGA